AUGUCGGGUAAUGGACGGAAGGAUAUAGGCCGUAAGAACAACCCUUCUUCUUGUAAUGCAGGGCAUAGGGGGAGGGCAUCCCCUAAUUCUACUAACGAGCCACGUCAUAUGACAUUGCUCACACCGAUCGACAUGUCGAUGAUUAGAGGAGUCGUAGGCUCCAACAGUCAAGGUAUCAAUAGUCAGCAAACCGACAUGGAUGAUCCUGUAGCAGACUUGUUUGAUGAUCAUUCAAUCCACAACACGUUUAUAGAUCUCUUUUGGCAGAGUAUGGAUGAUGUGUGGCGUACAUAUAAGAGCAUCAUGGAAAAGACUCGGAGACAGAUGUUUGUGUGUUUAAGGUGGUACACAAUGGAGAAUGAGGCGAUAUAUACAACAUUCAAUAAUAUCCUCAAGGAUAGAUAUAGGGACAGGAUGUGGGAUUUGAGGAAGUUAUUUGCCAAAAUGUCACGACGUGAUUGGCUACCCAUUCAAAAAGGUUAUAGUAAAUACUUUCCUAAGAUGUAUCAACACCGUCCCGAUAUGCUACCGGAGUCUGCGUGGCCACGUUUGUAUGAUAGAGCACAGACGGGUAAAGAACCCAAAUCUUGUGAUCUAUACGUGAAGACACAUGGCACAAUGGUGUCGUUUUGGUUGAUAGGUUGCGUGAAGAAGUUUCUACAAUGCGAAAUUGCAAGAACAAAUGGUAGAACAAAUGGCAAUGAUGGCGAGGAUGAUGAAUGUGACGCCAAAUCAAGCCUGUGA